CCUAAGUCCGAAAGUUGUGAACACAUCGGCACUGACUAUUUAUAGAUUAUUUAUUAUUUUUAUAAAUAGAGUGUGUGUGUCAUUCUAAUGCCGGUUUCACAUUCCUGAUUAGCGUAUCAAUAAAUGCUAUAUUGUGUGUAAAGUCUCUACAAUGUAGUACUUACACCUUCCGCAAGUGCAGCGUAUCGUCGUAGUUUGGUCUGACCACCGACAGAGAGUACACGCUAGAAUUUAGAAAUGUGAUUGUUUAUCUCUAACGUAAACUCAUGUAUUUGGCGCUUGUUGAUAUAUACUAGAACGACAACAUGCCAGCUAGUGAAAUUCUACCAGCAGUUGCAGCAUGGACGUUACUAAUAUGCUUCUCUGCCUUAUAUUAUGCUUUCCCCGGCCGGGUACUAGCCAUGGAGGAUGAGCACUUCCUCCUCGUGCUGCUACUGCAAGCUCUGCUCAACAUUUUCGUCAUAGCAAAUUUUGCCGCUGCCACGUUCAUGGAUCCCGGUGUCUAUGCGAAAGGUAAGGAUGAGGAUGGAGGUAACGACUUCCGCAGUCCGCUCUACAAGAACGUGGAGAUCAACGGCAUCACGGUGCGCAUGAAGUGGUGCACGACGUGUCAGUUCUACCGGCCGCCGCGCUGCUCUCACUGCAGCGUCUGUGACAUAUGCAUAGAUAGAUUCGAUCAUCACUGUCCGUGGGUGAACAACUGUAUAGGGCUUAGGAACUACCGCUUCUUCUUCAUGUUCCUCCUCUCUCUGUGCUUGCACAUGAUCAUCGUCUUCGGCUGCUGCCUGUGGUUCAUCCUCAGUCCGCAAGUGGACCUCGAGUUCAAGGACACAGCGCCGAUAAUAACGCUGAUUGUCAUGGCGGUCGUUGGAUUACUAUUUAUACCCGUCGUUGGACUCCUGGGAUUUCACAUGAUGCUGGUGGCAAGAGGCAGAACUACAAAUGAGCAGGUAACAGGAAAGUUCCGUGGAGGUUACAACCCAUUUGGCCUCGGUGUGGCGCGCAACUGCCUCUACAUGAUAUGCGGACCACUGUACCCAAGGCUAGAUAAAUACUACGACAAAGACAACGUUCUGAAGCUUCUUCCGUCAUCAAGCGUCGCUAUCGCUAACGACGUCGAGCUGACCGUGCCAAGCAAGAACGGAGGCAUCGUCACGGCAGCGGUCGCCCGGCAACGCUUCAUAUCGAAGGUAACGGCUGAGGAAGAGGAAGAGGAGGAGGAGCAUGAGAUGGAUGAGCGAGGAUACAGGAGAGAGGACAGCGGCGAGGUGGCCGGGGGAGGUCUCGUGCCCCUCGCACGCACUCUCGACCCCGGGUCUUACACGAACCUAUACGACGCAGAGGCGGGGACUGGCGUGCAAAACAUGCUGGAGGAUAGUCGGAUGGAGGCGCAUCCCAGUGUGACAGCUCCAUCCAGACACUUGCUCAACAGUCCCUCUAUGGCAGGAAAACACGUCGAAGGAAGAGACAUGGCUCCCGUGCAUCCAAAAGGAAGGAGUGUGUUCCCACUGGACGACCCGGACAUGCUGUACCAGAUUGACCCGCGAUUCACCCCGCCCAUCGGCCCGUCGCGUGAGGUCGCGGCGGCGGCGGCCGCGCCGCAGCGCACCAACUCUUACCGCGACGCGCUGGGACGCUCGGAGCUCGCCGUGCGAUACGUCGACGCGUCGGAGGACAGCUCGGGAGAUGAGCGACGCGCGCUCAGCUCCCCCGCGGCCGGGGAGCGGCAGGCGGCGUCGUCACGGCGACCGUUGUCCUUCAUGCGUGCGCUGCAGGUCAGCGAGGAGACGGCGGCGGGCGGCGGCGACGGCGGCCAGCAGGCGGCGCUCAUGCCGACCGUCACCGGUCACUACUCGCCGCAGACAAGUUACGACAUCGCGUACGAGAUCUCCGUUUAG